AUGUGUGCGCUCAUACAUUUUGUAUCAUCUGUAUACUCAGACAUGUUGAUUGCUCACCGUCACUGUCCCUUUUACCCUUUCGUUCCCUUCGUCUUCUCCCCCAUUCUCCUUGCUGAUCGACAUCAGGAAACUCCCUGGAAACUCCCUGUCUGGCGCCCUUCCUCCCUUCCUCUCCACGCUCACAUCCCUCACUACCCUCUCUUGUCUUCUCUCCAUUUCUUUUACUCAGUCCUCCAGUACUUGUUUUACGUAUCUUUUCACACCCGUUUCCGUGAACUCUUCCUGCAUCCCCCCUCACACCUCUCCGUAUCCGCCUCCACUUCUCUGCACUGUUUUGUAUCGUUCUGCAGGAGGCUGGACUCGAACCAAUUCACAGGCUCCAUCCCUUCCGCCUUGUCAAAGCUAACAGCUCUCACCAUCCUGUUCCUUGAACGUGCCUUUCGCUUAUUUCCUGCCUCUUGUUCCGCCACCCAUCCCGUCCACCCAUCCCCUCCAUCCCCCCCUCUCGUCCUCCUUCCCCAACAACCUUCUAACAGGGUCACUUACGAGUCAACCCAAAACAGACCAUCCAUUCCCUCCAUCCUCCCCUCCAUCCUCCCCGCACAUCCUCCCCGCACAUCCUCCCCUCCAUCCUCCCCGCACAUCCUCCCCGCCUUCCUCCCUCUCAUCCCCUCACAGCUCCGUUCCCAACAACCUUCUUACAGGACCACUUCCGGCCUCUCUCUCCACCCUCCGCCAACUCGUUUCCAUGUGACUUCUGAGGCGACUCAAAAGUCACCCCGUUCUGUUCCCCUUUUCCUCCUUCCGCGUUCCCUUCGCAGCGACGUUCGCCAGAACAAGCUUUCAGGCUCCAUCCCAUCUCAGUACAGCACCCUCACUGCGUUGGAGGCCCUCUACCUCAGUAACAACUCUCUCUCUGGCGCACUGCCUUCUACUCUCAGCACGCUCAUCAGCCUACGCAACCUGCUUGUUGACAACAACACCAUCUCUGGGUCAAUACCAGCGUCCUUUUCAGCCCUAGUGUCUCUCGUCUACGUGCGCGCCAACAACAACAAGCUAUCCGGAUCGCUCCCUGCUGGUCUCAGCAUCCUCACCACACUCGAUUCCCUGAUUCUCUCCCGCAACACAAUAGCCGGCUCCAUUCCCUCUGACUACUCCGCCCUCGAGUCCCUUGCCGUGCUGUGA